GCUCAGUGCUAGUGAGGGAGGAGGAGGGCGCACAGCGACCAGUAUACUAUGUGGCACGGGUGUUACGAGGGGCGGAGCUGAGAUAUACAAACAUGGAGAAAACCAUCUUUGCGGUGGUAUGUACGGUAAAAAAGCUUACGCCAUAUUUUCAAGCCCAUCCGGUCCACGUGUUAUCCCAGAUUCCUAUUGGAACACUUCUUCGAAGCCCAAAUGCCCCAUCACGGGUCAGCAAGUGGGGGGUGUUCCUGGGGCCUUUCCAGAUAGAGUUCAAGCCGCGACCGGCGAUAAAGGGGCAAGCAUUAGCAGAUUUCGUGGUAGAAUGCACCGCAAGAGAAGUAGGACCUAGCGGAGAGGAACCCGAAGGAAGUUGGUGGACUGUGUACACCGAUGGAUCGUCCGCGACUGAUGCUUCGGGGGGAGGAGUCGUGGCGAUAUCACCAGAAGGGUUCAAAGCUUACUACUCUGUGAGGUUCCGAUUUAAAGUCUCGAACAAUGAGGCCGAGUACGAGGCAUUACUUUGUGGCCUAAGGUUGGCAGCCUCAUUAAGAGCUGAACGGAUCCAAGUCCGGUGUGAUUCUAAGCUCGUAGUAGGCCACGUCACUGGAGAGUUUGAGGCUAAGGAUGAACGAAUGAAGAAGUAUAGAGACACUGCCCUGGAGUUGCUUAAAGCAUUUGGGGCGUACCGGAUAGAGCAGGUCCCUCGGGAAGAGAAUGUUGAGGCAGAUAUCUUGUCGAAACUUGGUCCGGAUUCCCCGGAUCAUAUUAAGGCAAUGACCCAAGAAGAAGAGUUGCUCGAGCCAAGCAUCAGUCCCGGCCAAGUGCUGAUCAUCGCACUCAAAGAAGAGCCGGAUUGGAUUGAUCAGAUUACCAUGUACAUCCUUGACGGGUCGCUACCUGCCGACCUAAUCGCGGCAAAGGUGGUGAAGCGACGUGCACCCGGAUACACGCUAGAGUGCGGUCGUCUGUACAAGCGAUCGUAUAAUGGUACAUUGUUGAGGUGCUUAAGAGCGGGCGAGGCACAGAAGUUAAUGGAGGAAAUCCAUGAGGGAAUAUGCUCAGCACAUCAGGGAGCCUUCACGAUGUCCAGGAAGGUAACCCUACAAGGAUACUUUUGGCCAACGAUUAUUAGAGACUAUGCAGAGUAUGUGCGCAAAUGCAAGGUUUGCCAGGAGUUCCAGAGGGUGCCGGGGCGACCGGCGACGAAUUACACCCCGAUAAGUACGGCGAUUCCCUUUGCUCGUUGGGGCAUCGAUCUGGUCGGCAUUUUUCCUCGGGGGACAGGGAACAACACGUACCUGGUGGUCGCGAUCGACUACUUCACCAAGUGGGUCGAGGCCGCCCCCGUACCUACCAUCACUGCAGAACAGAUGACGAAGUUCGUUUCCAAGCAAAUUUUGUGUCGAUUUGGGGUGCCUCAGCAGAUCAUCACUGACAAUGGAACCCAAUUCGAGGCCGGAGGGUUCAAUGAGUUUCUACAGAGUUGGGGCAUAAGUCACAGCUAUGCAGCGGUCGGGUACCCUCAAACCAAUGGACAGGUCGAGAACACCAAUCGCACCAUCAUGGACGGUCUCAAGAAGAAAAUAAUGGAAUGCAAAAGUGCCUGGGUGGAGGAAUUGCCCUACAUCUUGUGGACCU